AUGGAUGUUGCGCACACCGAGAGUGCGCAGUUGAUCAGUCGGCUCGAGGGCCAGGUGAUGAUCAUACCUGACCUGCGGGGGAUGAUCAGCCACUGGCCGUCCGGGAAAAACGUCCACUGCAACGUAAUCGAUGUUUUAAUCAACCACUGUCUGCAAGACUGUGAUGCUUUCCCGCAAGAUUUAGCCAACGUCAGGGACGCCAACCCAACGCUGCUUGCCUCCAGCACCUUGACGUUGAUGGUACUCUGGCAGGGUAAGCUCGAUGACUACAUCGAGGCCCUGGAGUAUCAGAGCCAAGCCAAGUCGAGAGAAUUCCGCUUCAGAGUCAAGGAAUACAUCGCACAAUACCUGGAACUUUCAGAGGGACCAAAGGAGCCUGCGACGAGUUCCAUCAUCUCGACUUUCCAGCCAGUCGCGCGGAUGAUAUGCCAGCAGUACAACAAGGACCAGCGUCGGAGGCUGAAAGCCAGCCUCUUUGAAUAUAUCGACUCGACCGUGCAAGAGACGCGAUAUGUCGAGAGUGGAGAGGUACCGACGGAUCUCAAGUACGAGAUGCUUCGCAAGAAGACCGGGGGCACGGGUCCCCUCUGCUCUGAGUAUCCAGACGGUCUCGGCGUGAAACGAAGGUUUGCUGACGGGAGAAGGUUCGCCACGGGCCUGCAAUGGCCGUCUUUUGUUUUCGACUCUCAUCCGUACAAGAUGAUGCUGCAGGCUGUUGCCAUCAUCGUUGGCCUGUUCGUCCUCCCAUGGGUUGAGAAUAUAGGCAAGGCAGCGCUGACGACUGUGCAACAGCACGAACGACUUGCUCUCGUUAGGAAAGGAGCUGGACGGAUUCUCAAUGCCGUGCCGGUUCGACUGUGGAACAGCCGAGAGGGCGGCGACCUGGCGUCGGUUGUCAGAAGCAUCGUCGAUGACAUCGAGAAGGCCAUCAGGCAUUUCGAUGCCUGCGAGCGAAGGCUGAUCACCAAGAGCCGAGAGGACGCCGAUACGACGCGGAAGAUAGCUGCAACGCUCAAAACCAUUUGCACUGGCAACUUGACUUGGAGUCUCGCGUGCAAGCGAUAUAACGUUGGCAAACCGGCUGCUGAUGGGAGUUUGAGGCAGGAACUGAGAGCUGGCGAAUGA